AUGAAGAUGCUAGAGAAAAUUCUAGCUAAAGAGGCCAAGGUUAUGGUCGAGGACAUGGCCGAGGCCGUGGACAUGGCAGAAACUCUAAACGGUCUGAAAUACAAUGUUAUGUUUGCAAAUGGAGUGCGAUGCAAGGAUGCAAGAGAGAGCUGCAUCUUGCAAACUAUGGACUUGGUCGAUUCAAUCCAGCUUCUUGGAUUGAGUUAUCACUUCGAGAAAGAAAUAAGUGAAUCAUUAAAACGAGUCCAUGAUGCCGAUUUGAACUGUCAUGGUCUCUACGAGACUGCUCUCCGGUUUCGACUGCUGAGACAACAAGGGUAUCGUGUGACCCCUGAUGUUUUUAACAAGUUCAAAGAUGAGGAAGGAAAUUUAGUGUCCACCUUGAAGGAUGAUCCAAAGGGACUUUUAAGCUUAUACAAUGCGGCUUAUCUACGGAUACAUGAGGAGACCAUACUCGAUGAAGCUAUUUCUUUUACGAGGGACCAGCUUGCGUCCAUGUUAAGUGAUCUCACACCACCGUUAGCAACGCAAGUGAGACUGUUCCUGGAGAGUCCUCUCUGUAGAAGAAUGAAAAGGCUCUUGGCACGAAAUUACAUCUCCAUCUACCAAGAGUGUGCGACACGAAAUGAUGCCUUACUAGAGCUGGCAAAGCUUGACUUCAAUCUACUACAAUGUCUUCAUCGCGACGAGAUUAAGAGCAUCUCCAUGUGGGAUGCCAAGGCUGUUCAUCAGCUACCAGAGUAUAUGAAGGGCUAUUUUCUGAAGCUAAUCCAUACUUUUGAAGAAUUCGAAAAUUUGCUAGCACCUAGUGAGAAGUAUCGUUUAUUUUAUCUUAAGGAAGCGCUUGAGCAAACCAGGGAACAUGUUGCCUCUACAGUCCAAUGCUACAUGAAAGAGUUUGGUACAAAUGUGCAUGUGGCAUGCGAGAAACUCCAAGUUUUGAUUGAAGAUGCAUGGAAAGAUCGUGAGCAAUCUAUGGAGAAUGUUGCCUCCAUGGUGGAAAGCUAUAUGAAAGAGUAUGGAACAAGCAUGCCUGUGGCAUGCGAGAAGCUUCAAAACUUGGUUGAAAACGCAUGA